CGGCGGAGCCCCGGCUGCCGAGCCCCCGCAGGCUGAGGCGUGGCUGCGGCCCAUGCGCGCCGGGGGAGCGUGCAGAUGGGAUUGACGUCCACGGGGGCGUAUGGAAGAGCCCCGCGCGGCGGGACCAUGGCCGGCUGGGGCCGCUUCCUCUGCCUGGCCGUGGUCGCCAUGGCAACCCUGUCCCGGGCCCGGCCGGCCAGCCUGGUGCAGGACACCACCCUAGAGCCGGAAGAGCCACCAACCAAAUACCAAAUCUCCCAACCAGAAGUUUACGUGGCUGCGCCCGGGGAGUCGCUAGAGUUGCGCUGCCGGUUGAGAGAUGCCGCCCUGAUCAGUUGGACUAAGGAUGGGGUACACUUGGGGCCCAGCAAUAGGACAGUGCUUAUUGGGGAGUACUUGCAGAUAAGAGGCGCCACGCCUGGCGACUCCGGCCUCUAUGCUUGUUCCGCCGCUAGGACGGUAGACAGUGAGACUGUCUACUUCGUGGUGAAUGUCACAGACGCCAUCUCCUCCGGGGACGACGAGGAUGACACCGAGGGCUCCGAGGACGUUCCCAGCGACAACAGUAACAAAAGAGCUCCGUACUGGACCAGCACGGAAAAGAUGGAGAAGCGGCUUCACGCCGUGCCCGCCGCCAACACGGUCAAGUUCCGCUGUCCGGCCGGGGGGAACCCGACGCCCACCAUGCGGUGGCUGAAAAACGGGAAGGAGUUUAAACAGGAGCAUCGGAUCGGGGGCUACAAGGUGCGGAACCAGCACUGGAGCCUCAUCAUGGAAAGCGUGGUCCCAUCCGACAAGGGGAAUUACACCUGCGUGGUGGAGAAUGCCCACGGGUCCAUCAACCACACCUACCACCUCGACGUCGUGGAGCGAUCGCCGCACCGGCCCAUCCUCCAGGCCGGACUGCCCGCCAACGCCUCCACCGUGGUCGGGGGCGACGUGGAGUUUGUCUGCAAAGUCUACAGCGACGCCCAGCCCCACAUCCAGUGGAUCAAGCACGUGGAAAGGAAUGGAAGUAAAUACGGGCCCGAUGGGCUGCCCUACCUCAAGGUGCUGAAGCACUCGGGGAUUAAUAGUUCCAAUGCAGAAGUGCUGGCUCUGUUCAAUGUGACUGAGGCCGAUGCUGGCGAGUAUGUAUGUAAGGUCUCCAAUUAUAUAGGGCAGGCCAACCAGUCCGCCUGGCUCACUGUCCUGCCCAAGCAGCAAGCACCCGUCCGAGAAAAGGAGAUCUCCGCCUCCCCAGACUACCUGGAGAUAGCCAUCUACUGCAUCGGGGUGUUCCUGAUCGCCUGCAUGGUGGUGACGGUCAUCGUGUGCCGCAUGAAGACCACGACCAAGAAGCCCGACUUCAGCAGCCAGCCGGCCGUGCACAAGCUCACCAAGCGCAUCCCCCUGCGGAGACAGGUAACAGUGUCUGCCGAGUCCAGCUCCUCCAUGAACUCCAACACCCCGCUGGUCAGGAUAACCACGCGGCUCUCCUCCACCGCCGACACCCCCAUGCUGGCGGGGGUCUCGGAGUACGAGCUGCCCGAGGACCCCAAGUGGGAGUUCCCAAGGGACAAGCUGACGCUGGGCAAGCCCCUGGGGGAAGGCUGCUUUGGGCAAGUGGUCAUGGCUGAGGCCGUGGGGAUCGACAAGGAGAAGCCCAAGGAGGCCGUCACCGUGGCGGUGAAGAUGCUGAAAGAUGACGCCACGGAGAAGGACCUCUCUGACCUGGUGUCCGAGAUGGAGAUGAUGAAGAUGAUGGGGAAGCACAAAAACAUCAUCAACCUGCUCGGGGCCUGCACCCAGGAUGGGCCUCUCUACGUCAUAGUCGAGUACGCCUCGAAAGGCAACCUCCGCGAGUACCUCCGGGCCAGGAGGCCGCCCGGGAUGGAGUACUCCUAUGACAUCAACCGCGUCCCCGAGGAGCAGAUGACCUUCAAGGACUUGGUAUCCUGCACCUACCAGCUGGCCAGGGGCAUGGAGUACCUGGCCUCCCAAAAAUGUAUUCACCGAGACCUGGCGGCCAGAAACGUCCUGGUGACAGAAAACAAUGUGAUGAAAAUAGCGGACUUCGGGCUGGCCAGAGACAUCAACAACAUAGACUACUACAAGAAGACCACGAAUGGGCGGCUUCCGGUCAAGUGGAUGGCCCCGGAGGCCCUUUUCGACCGAGUGUACACCCACCAGAGCGACGUCUGGUCCUUCGGGGUGCUGAUGUGGGAGAUCUUCACCCUCGGGGGCUCGCCCUACCCAGGGAUUCCCGUGGAGGAACUGUUCAAGCUGCUAAAGGAGGGGCACCGGAUGGACAAGCCGGCGAACUGCACCAACGAACUGUACAUGAUGAUGCGAGACUGCUGGCACGCGGUGCCCGCCCAGAGGCCCACCUUCAAGCAGCUGGUGGAAGACCUGGACCGCAUCCUCACGCUCACCACCAACGAGGAGUACUUGGACCUCAGCCAGCCUCUCGAACAGUACUCACCUAGUUACCCCGACACCAGGAGCUCCUGCUCUUCCGGGGAUGACUCUGUGUUCUCUCCGGACCCCAUGCCUUACGAACCAUGCCUCCCUCAGUAUCCACACGUAAACGGCAGCGUUAAGACAUGAGCGAGCUUGGCCUCCCGGUCCCCACACGGGCGGCCCCAGGAGCCUGGCUGCACUGAGCAGGGGGGCGAUGCCCCCGGGAGCUGCUGUCCCCACUUGUAUAUACGGAUCAGAGGAGUAAAUAAUCGGAAAUGUAAUCGGCACACGUGUAAAGAGUUUAUACGGCUGGAAACUCGUCACCUUCGCCAGGGGAAGAACGUCCCUGGGGCGAGGGAUGGACUGCGUGGGCCACCACGCGCCUGUGGCCCGCUGUGGGCGCUGGCUGUGGACCAGCCGGACUCGAGGCAGACGCACGUCCUGCCUUCCUUGUGAAUUUUGUAAUAAUUGGAGAAAAUAUAUGUCAGCACACACUUACAGAGCACAACGGCAGUACAGAGGUGCUGGGUGUAUGUAAAUAUAUUCAAAUUAUGUAUAAAUAUAUAUUAUAUAUUUACAAGGAAUUAUUUUUUGUAUUGAUUCUAAAUGGAUGUCCCAGUGCACCUAGAAAAUUGGUCUCUCUCUUUUUUGAAAUAGCUAUUUGCUAUAAAUGCUGUUCUUACCCAGAGUUUCUUAAUUUCCACCGAGCAGAGGUGGAAAAAAUACUUUUGCUUUCAGGGAAAAUGGUAUAACAUUAAUUUAUUAAUGGAUUGGUAAUAUACAAAACAAUUAAUCAUUUAUAGUUUUUGGGGGUUUUUUUUGUAAUUUAAGUGGCGUUUCUACGCAGGCUGUGCACCGGACUAGUUAAUCUACUGCUUGGACCUAACUGGUUAUCAGAUCCUUUGAAACGAGACAUAUUUACCGAAGAUGACCGAUUUGGGGGGAGAUAAAGUUGUGUUUAAACUCUGCUGUCCGAUGGUUGUUCCUAAGCCAACUGCACGUCUGUGUGGAAAGAACCGGUUAACGGGGUGUUGGGUUCGAUGUGCAGCCCUGUCCCUGGGCCCAUGUGACCUUUAACUGGACUUCCCCAGACCAGUGGGACCAGCGUUCUCCUAACAAGAUGCCUUAAUCCAUUCCUCAAGGAGGGACCUCGGCCGAGGUGAUGGCGAGAGUCCUCCCCGGCGGCUGGCCUCCUGCCCAGAGGCGCGGCCGCCGGCUUCGCCUGCGUUCUCAUCGGUGAACCUGGAGAGUGGCCUCCAGAUUCGUGGGCGACUCGUCGCAGGAAAUGGAAACACCGAGUUCUGCUGAUCGUCUGGGAGGCGCGCUUCCAUCUUCUUAAGGGAUCGCUUCCCGCGGCACCCGGCAGGACCUCCUCGUGGAUCCGGCCCGGCGCCAGCCUCGGGCGAAUUCUCACCGCGCGGUUGGUCCCGUAGGGAAGUGUUUUGCUUCCGAAACACCUGCUCACUUCGCCGUAGCCACGCACCACGAAUGCGGAAUACACUGAUUGUACGCGUUAUGAAAUUGGAGAAAGUAUUUAAUAAAGCCUGUUAAUUUUUAUACUGACAAUAAAAAUGUUUCUACAGAUAUUAAUGUUAACAAGACAAAAUAAAUGUCACGCAGCUUAUUUUUUUAACA